GUGGGCAGGCCCUUCUGACACUUUGUAACGUCGGAGGGGAAUAUUUAACUUGGGACUGAGCGCCCGCUCGCUUCCAGACACGCUCACCCACGCAACCGGUGUGUGCUUCCACUCACUCUUCCUUCUCGCUCCAGCUCUCUUUUUCCUCUCUCUUUUUUUCCCUCCUCCUCUCUCUCUCUCUCUCUCUCGCUAUAGCUCCCUCUCUCUCUCGCUCACUCCCCCCCCGCUGCAUACUCACACGCUCGCUCCUCCAGCAAGGAGCCACUCAAGUGGGGGAGCUUCUCGUGGCAGCCACCGGAGCAGAAGCAGAAGCAGGAUUUAGAUUUUUAUGUUUUUUAUUUUCCUUUUUUCCUGCUGUUUUGCAGACCUUCCAGCACAUUUUUUUGGGGACUCUUUCUCACCAUGCAUGUGCAGGAGUUUCUCUGCAUGGGCGCAACGCAUUGAAAAGGAACUUUUUGUUUUCAUUUUUUUUUUUUUUAUUAUGUGGAAUUAUAAGAGAAGAGCCUGAGAAAAUUAAUCUAUUUUGGAACAUUCUCCGGGGAGCUUUAUGGCCUUUUGACGUGAGACACUUUCUGGAAUACUACAACUUGUCUUCGUUCAAAUAAUAAUCACAAGCAAGUGUGUGUGGACCGUGUCCUCCCCUCGACUCUUCGAGGGCACGUUUGUGCGUAAAGAGGCAGCGCCCCCCCCCCCCCCCCCCCUUCCCCGGUGCCGGGCACCUUUAUCGGAAGCAGCCCGGCCUCGUUUCCGUGCAGCGCUGUCAUCACUGUUUCGCCGCGGCUCCGAGUCGUCCCAGCGCGUCGUCAUGACAACCGAGAGGAGCCCAAAGUGAAUCCGAAGACGGGGGAAGCUGCGGCGUCAUCUUCGCGAUUGAGCACUUCUUGCAGUGCGGCGGCGGGGGGUUAUUUUUAAAGAAGGCUGACGCGCCCCCUCGGCCACCGGCAGGCUGCGAAGUGGUCUAUUUAAAGUGUCGCCCGUGAGUGAACUUGUCAAAUAUAUGAAGCGUCAGGCUUGCUCCUCUUGAGUCCAAGUGUCAAUUACUGCGCGUAAAAGUCCCGAGAGGAACCAUGGGCAGCUGUCACCCCCCAGUGCUCUUCUACAUGCUGCUGUGCGUCCACCUGGGAGUGUGCCAGCACUUCCUCCGCCUCCGUCCGUCCCCCAGCGACCACCUGCCCGUCCCCGACCUCAAGGAGGACCCCGACCCGGAUUACGACCCGCGGGAGCAGGAUCUGUCCGAGCGGACUCUGAGGAAAAAGCUGGGCAGCCACUUCGACCCCAAUUUCAUGUCAAUCGGCGCGCCGGUGCUCGGCAACCACUCCGCGCCGGACUUCAAGUUGCAGGGGCCCAUGCCCAACGACAUCAAGAAGCUGGAGCUGACCGAGACCCCCUACGGCAAGCGCGUCAAGGUGGGCAAGAAGGCGCGCAGGAAAUUCCUGCAGUGGCUGUGGACCUACACGCACUGUCCCGUGGUGUACACCUGGAAGGAUUUGGGGGUGAGGUUCUGGCCGCGCUACAUUAAGGAGGGCAACUGCUUCUCGGAGCGCUCCUGUUCGUUCCCCGAGGGGAUGUCGUGCAAGCCCGUCAAGUCCAUCAACAAGAUUUUCCUGCGGUGGUACUGCCAAGGCUUUUUAAGACAGAAAUACUGUACGUGGAUACAGGUGCAGUACCCGAUCAUCUCAGAGUGCAAGUGUUCGUGCUGAUCCCCGCUGCCGGUGGGGGGGCCGGGGGGGGGGGGCUGUGUGGAGUGGACUGGUUUCUAUUGCACUGUUAACUCUCGACGGAGGUGGGCACCAUAGCAAAUCUAUUUUUUUAUAUAGCAUUUUAAAGUGGAGGGGGGAAAAAAACAACAUUGUACAUAUUUAAGAGGAAUGCAGCUAUUUUUUCUAAUUGAACCAGGACCAUAUUUUAUUGUCAACCCUGAGACGUUUUGGGUGGAAGGGGGCGGGGACAGCGGCGGCACUUCAUAUGGAAGAGCUUUUUUUUUGCCCCCCCCCCAACCCCCCCAGAGACAUUGAUGAUGCAUAUGCUACACCUCUCCAAGAGGUGAACUCUUUUUUUCCCCCCACCAAACUGACUGUUCAUUCACUGCAAUGCUGCCUAGAGGUUUUUUUUUUGUAUAAUAUUAAUAUCAAUAUUAAGUUUAAAAAAAAAACUGAAGUUGAGGUUAAAGAUUAUAUAUAAAGGCGUGAACUCAGCUUUUUUUUCUUCUUUUGGGAAUACAUAGUAUUGUAGAAAUAAAUCUGUAUGUUUUAUUUAUUAUUUUAACAAUUGUGAGUAUAGAACAUAAGGACAGAGAAUAGAUUAUACCAGACAAAAAAAUAUGGGAGAUGUCUACUUGAAUUAUCAAAAAAAAAAAAAAAAAAAAAGACACAAAAAAAUAAACAACUGAAAACAACAUCUGAGUGUACAUGUCCUGGUCACGUUUCUAGCAAUAAAGUCUAUGUUUUCAUCAUGCAUGUGGUAUAGUGCGUAUCGAAAUAUGGAAUAUGUUCAUCCACGCUGCAGGGAUUUCUGCAAGGAGCGCUUGACACUCCAAAUAGC